GCGCCGCAGCCAAUCGCAGAGAACGCUGUCCGGGAGCAAGGAGGCUGUGGUGAGAGACCGACCAAGACCGGAGAUGUUUUCAAGCCUGGCCCCGGCGGCAUUAGGGGCUGUUGCAGCGGCGACGGAGACACCGGCAGCGGCGGCCACCCGGAGGCCCUCGUUCAGGGGCUGAAGCCUUCUGCGCCCGCCGAGCCUCGGGUCCGUGCGGGCCAGGGGGGCGUGGCGACCAGAGGGGAGGAAGGAGGGCGCGGUUUCGAGUCUGUCCCGGGCACCAGGGAGGAGACCCUCAGUUCUGUGCCCCCUCUCCUCCCCGGACGUCAGAUCCAGGAUGAGAAGACUGAUAGAAGCAGCAGCUAGCUGAACAGCUAUAAAAUGCCCAAAUCUGGGUUCACAAAGCCAGUUCAGAGUGAAAAUUCUGACAGUGACAGCAAUAUGGUAGAGAGACCAUAUGGAAGAAAGAGUAAAGACAAGAUUGCAUCUUACAGCAAAACUUCCAAAACUGACCGAAGUGAUAUGGGCAAGGAAAUGAAAGAGAAAUCAUCUAUGAAACGUAAACUGCCUUUUACCAUUAGCCCAUCAAGAAAUGAAGAGCGAGAUUCAGACACAGAUUCAGACCCAGGACAUACAAGUGAAAAUUGGGGGGAAAGACUUAUAUCUUCUUACAGGACAUACUCAGAGAAAGAAGGUCCAGAAAAGAAGAAAACAAAAAAAGAAGCUGGAAGUAAGAAGUCCACCCCAGUCAGCAUUCUUUUUGGUUACCCGCUCUCUGAACGGAAGCAGAUGGCACUUCUCAUGCAGAUGACAGCAAGGGACAACAGUCCAGAUUCCACACCAAGUCACCCGUCACAAGCAACACCAGCCCAGAAGAAGACACCCAGUUCUUCAUCUCGACAAAAAGAUAAAAUUAAUAAAAGAAAUGAACGUGGUGAAACUCCUUUACACAUGGCUGCUAUUCGAGGAGAUGUGAAGCAAGUCAAAGAGUUAAUAAGUUUAGGGGCAAAUGUGAAUGUGAAAGACUUUGCAGGUUGGACACCUUUGCAUGAAGCGUGCAAUGUUGGAUAUUAUGAUGUUGCUAAAAUACUGAUAGCAGCAGGAGCUGAUGUUAACACACAAGGAUUAGAUGAUGACACGCCCCUCCAUGACUCUGCCAGCAGUGGACAUAGAGAUAUAGUGAAACUGUUGCUUCGUCAUGGUGGGAAUCCAUUUCAAGCUAAUAAACAUGGAGAGCGUCCAGUGGAUGUAGCAGAGACAGAGGAAUUGGAGUUGCUGCUAAAAAGAGAGGUGCCUUUGUCUGGUGAUGAUGAAAGUUAUACAGAUUCAGAAGAGGCUCAUUCUGUAAAUCCUUCUAGUGUUGAUGAAAACAUUGACUCGGAGACAGAGAAAGACUCUCUCAUCUGUGACAGUAAAGUCCUCCCCAGUAAAGCCCCUCUCCCAUCUGCUCUCGAUGAGUAUGAGUUCAAGGACGAUGAUGAAGAAGAGUUAAGUAAAAUGAUCGAUGACAGGCACAUUCUAAGGAAAGAACAGCGUAAAGAGAACGAAUCUGAAGCAGAAAAGAGUGGUUUGUUUGCAAAACAGGAGAAGACCUUCUAUUCCAAAUCAUUUAAAACUAAAAAGCAGAAGCCGUCUAGGGUUCUGUAUUCCAGUACUGAAAGUUCUGAUGAAGAUGUUCUUCAGAACAAAAAGAUUUCUACUUCAUGUUCUGUCCCUGAAACAUCAAAUUCUGAUAUGCAAGCCAAGAAAGAAUAUGAAUAUAAACAGAAAGGCAAAGUUAAAAGAAAAUUAAAAAAUCAGAAUAAAAACAAAGAGAACCAAGAAUUGAAACAAGAAAAAGAGGGGAAAGAAAACACCAGAAUAACAAACUUAACAGUCAAUACUGCACUGGAUUGUUCAGAGAAAACUAGAGAGGAGAGCAGUUUUAGGAAAUCUUUUAGCCCAAAAGAUGACACUUCAUUACACUUAUUUCAUAUUUCCACUGGUAAAUCUCCCAAACAUUCUUGUGGAUUAAGUGAAAAACAGUCCACACCAUUAAAGCAAGAACAUACAAAAGCAUGUAUAUCACCAGGGAGCUCUGAAAUGUCGUUACAGCCUGAUCUUGCUCGAUAUGAUAAUACAGAACCUGAAUUCUUGCCAGAAAGUUCAAAUAUAAAAUCUUAUAAGCAUAAGGAAAAAAACAAACACCAGAAAGAUUUCCACCUAGAAUUUGGUGAAAAAUCAAAUGCCAAAAUAAAAGAUGAGGAUCAUAAUCCAGCAUUUGAAAACUCAGAGUGCACGCUGAAAAAGAUGGAUAAAGAGGGCAAAACACUAAAAAAACACAAACUGAAACAUAAAGAGAAGGAGAAGGAAAAGCAUAAAAAGGAAGUUGAAGGAGAAAAGGAAAAAUACAAAAAUAAGGAAAAUGCUAAAGAGCUGCAGAGGAGCGUUGAAUUUGACAGAGAAUUUUGGAAAGAGAAUUUUUUUAAAAGUGAUGAAACUGAGGAUCUCUUUUUAAAUAUGGAACAUGAGUCCCUAACAGAAAAAAAGUCAAAACUGGAAAAAACCAUGAAAGAUGACAAAUUAACUAAGGAAAAACAUGUCUCAAAAGAGAGGAACUUUAAAGAAGAACGGGAAAAGACCAAAAAGGAAAAUGAAAGAUCUCUUAGGGAAGAAAAGCUGAAAGAAGAAAGAGACAAUGUACCCACAGAUAAAGAAGUAGAGUGUGGUUCUGUGGGGGCCAGUGUAAACCAAGACUCCAUAGGGCCACAUUCUAUGGAAAAGGACAUAGACAUUGAAAAACAAGAAAAGCAUACAAAAGAAAAGGAGAAAUCGGACAGACGACUUCAGACUAAAGAAAAAGAGGUUGACAAGACUGAAAGAAAAUUUUCUGAAAAAGAAAAGAAGAUAAAACAUGAACAUAAAUCAGAAAAAGAGAAAUUGGAAUUUAGUGAAUGUGUUGAGAGAGUAAAAGAAAAGGACAAGUUCUAUUCACACCAAACGGAAAGGGGUCAUAAAGAAGGGGAGAAAAUCAAAAACACUGUUAAAAGAAGUGAUGACAGAGAGAGGAACAGAGAAAAAGUGGAUAGAAAGCAUGACAAAGAAAAACCUGAAAAGGAGAGGUGUUUAGCAGAAAACAAAGAAAAGCACUUGGAGAAAAAAAAGUCUGAUAAUAGUGAGUAUACUAAAUCAGAAAAGAUCAGAAAUAAAGACAGGGAAGGAGAGAAGAAGGAAAAACUUAGAGAUAAAGAAAGUAUAAAUGUUAGUAACUCCAGACAUUUACAAGAAGAGAAAAGGUCAAGUGUAGGAGAUAGUAGUAGUAAAGUCCAGCAUGAGAAAACUAUAUCCCUUAAAGAAAAGGCAAGGGAUGAACCUUUGAAAACUCCAGAUGGAAAAGAGAAAGAUAAAAAAGAUAUAGACAGAUACAAAGAACGAGACAAACGUAAAGAUAAAAUCCAACUAAAUACUUUAAUCAAACUAAAAUCUGAAACAGAUAAGCCUAAACCUAAGUCAUCGCCGGCAUUGAAAGACAUCCGACCUAAAGAAAAGAGGCUAGUCAACGAUGAUCUGAUGCAGACAAGUUUUGAACGGAUGCUCAGUCUUAAAGACCUAGAGAUAGAACAGUGGCACAAAAAACAUAAGGAAAAAAUUAAGCAAAAAGAAAAAGAACGAUUAAGAAAUCGUACUUGUUUAGAACUUAAAGUAAAAGAUAAAGAAAAAACAAAACAUACACCCACUGAAUCAAAAAAUAAAGAAUUUACCAGGUCAAGAAGUUCAGAAUUGACUGAUGUUUAUAACAAGGAGAAACAAUCUAAAGAUGUUGGAAAUAAUAGAUCACAAUCUGUUGACACCAAAAAUGUACUGAAUUUAGGGAAGUCAUCCUUUAUUUCAGAGAACAGCUCAAACCGCUCUCCUAGGUCAGAAAGUGAGAGGCUGGGUCUUAGCUCCAGGUCUGUGUCCAUGAUUUCUGUUGCUAGUUCAGAAGACUCUUGCCAAACAGUGACAACCCCACGGCCUCUUGUUGAAUAUGACUCGGACUUUAUGUUAGAGGGCUCAGAAUCUCAAUUGUCGUUUGCCCAGUCACCUUUUUUGCCAAAUGCCAAAUCUCCAGCCCUUUAUGAAAGGGAGCUUGAGAACCUUGCUGACUUGCCGGAACGACUUAAACCACCAUGUACAAACAGACUUCCAGUGUGCCAUCUCAGGUCAUCUUCUGUGGAAGAUGUUAAACUACUUACUAAUGAAGUACGGCCUGCUGUGGAAAUCAGAAGAUGUAGCAUGCCCUCAGUCAUUUGUGAACCCACAAAACAUUUCCAGAUAUCAGAAGAAAGCCACCAAGGCAGCUUAGCUGUGCCAAGAGAGACUUCUCCUUCUCCCAAACCUGAAGUAUCUUUAGCAAUGCCAGAAAGAGGCCUUUCACAUGUGUCUGACUUACACCCCAGCUUUACAGGCUCUCCAAGUAGGUCUGUGAACAGUAGGUAUAUUUCAUCUGAUACAAAUGUAAUCAAGAGUGCUAGUCUUGCGGGUACUUUAAUGGACAGUCCGAUGCACUUAGAACCAUCUAAUCAGGUUGGAGUGAUCCAAAAUAAGUCAUGGGAGAUGCCUGUUGAUAAACUGGAGUCUUUAAGCACCAAUGAGGUUAUCUGCCCAGAUUCUAGUACAUCUGACCAAUAUUCCUCUGCUCAGAGUUUUUGUAAUUCAGAAAACAAAAUGUUAAGAGAACAAAAUACUGAUGGCUUAUCCCUACACCAGACUGAUCUGCCGGGAAACUCAUGUGCUCAGGAUCCAGUAUCCUUUCUGUCUUCUCCACAACCCUGCUCUUUUUCCAGCCAGUCACAUUCAGAUGCUGAGCCUGCUUCUAAACCUGUGUCUUUGUCAUAUGUUGCCAAUCAAGAGCCAGGUGUUUUACAACAGAGAAGUGCAGCGCAUAUGAUUAGCUCUGUUUUAGAUAGUGAUCAUAACUUUACAAAGGAUAUGGAAAAUACGUUUGUCCUGGCAGACAUUCAGAAGACAAAUUCUUUUGUACCAGUUUACUCUGAGAGCACUAUUCAAGAAGCACUCCCGAACUUUGAGAAGGCGAAUACUUUGCUUGUAUUGCCAUCAGAAAAGGACUUCAGCGGAAGUGAUGCUGCUUCUCAGAUAAAUACACAGUAUGCAUUUAGCAAACUCACUUUCAAGUCUUCAAGUAGCCACGAAGUUGAGAAGAGCACAGAUGAUACUCAAGUUAUCUCCCAUGAAAAAGAAAACAAACUGCAAAGUUUGGUCUUAACUCCGUUGAGUAAAUGUGAUUCUGAUUUGUAUGAAAUGAGUGCGGGUAUGCCAAAAGGAAACCUAAAUGAACAGGAGAAUCCAAGGCACGGUCCUGAUGCUGAAAAGUAUUUGCUUUCCAUUGAAGAUGAAGAAUCUCAGCAGAGCACUCUGUCAAGUGUGGGAAACCAUUCGCAGCAGUCAGCCCAACCGGAGAUGCAUAAAUAUGACCAGCUAAUUAAAGGGGAAUUAGAAGAAAGUGCUGAAGAGGAUAAAACUGAAAACCAAAUCCCCCAAAGAAUGACUAGAAACAAAUCAAGCACAAUGGUAAAUCAGAGCAAGCAGAUUGUUGCUGGCUGUACAAUUCUGCCAGAAAAAGACAAUGACUCUUCCCCUAGGGGAAGAAUAAGGCUCACUGAAGAAGACGAUCCCCAGAUUCACCAUCCCCGGAAAAGGAAAGUGUCACGGGUCCCUCAGCCUGUACAAGUGAGUCCUUCUUUACUACAGGCAAAGGAGAAAACGCAGCAGUCCCUAGCAGCCAUCGUCGAUUCUCUGAAACUAGAUGAGAUUCAACCAUAUAGUUCUGAGAGAGCAAAUCCGUACUUUGAGUACUUGCACAUAAGGAAAAAAAUUGAAGAAAAACGCAAGUUAUUAUGUAGUGUUAUUCCUCAAGCUCCUCAGUAUUAUGAUGAGUAUGUAACAUUUAAUGGAUCAUAUCUCCUGGAUGGAAACCCCUUGAGCAAGAUUUGUAUUCCUACAAUUACACCACCACCUUCGCUGUCAGAUCCACUUAAAGAGCUCUUUCGGCAACAGGAAGUAGUAAGAAUGAAACUACGUUUGCAACAUAGUAUCGAAAGGGAAAAACUUAUUGUGUCCAAUGAACAAGAAGUUCUACGAGUCCAUUACAGAGCUGCGAGGACACUGGCAAAUCAGACGCUGCCAUUCAGUGCUUGCACUGUCCUGCUAGAUGCAGAGGUGUACAAUGUGCCCCUGGACUCACAGUCUGAUGACAGUAAAACUUCUGUGAGAGAUCGAUUUAAUGCACGACAGUUCAUGUCCUGGUUACAAGAUGUGGACGAUAAGUUUGACAAACUAAAGACCUGUCUUUUAAUGAGGCAGCAACACGAAGCUGCAGCUUUAAAUGCCGUCCAGAGACUAGAAUGGCAGCUCAAACUCCAGGAACUCGACCCUGCCACCUAUAAGUCUAUCAGUAUUUAUGAGAUCCAGGAGUUUUACGUUCCCCUUGUUGAUGUUAAUGAUGAUUUUGAAUUGACUCCUAUAUAGCAGUUGGUACUUGCCUGGGUAUCAUCCUAAACUAACAAUGCAAGAGUUAUACUGUGGAAUACUGCCUUUAAAAAAAAACCCUGAUAAUACGCCUUUACAGUUGUUAGAGAAGUUAUGUAGUGAACACUGUCAUUUUAUAAAAAUAAAGAAAAAUAUUUUGGAUCUUAGGUCCAAAUACACUUUCUAACAUAAAACUAUUAUUUAUAUUCAUCAAAGGUAACUAUUGCAUUAGAAAAUGUUGGCAAACUGAGUAGAUCUUUAAAAAGUUGAGAAAACCUGUUAACAGCGCUGGAAGUUGUUAGCACUCCAAGUAACAAGAUAACCAACCACAAGUACUCAGAUCUCUUGCGGGUUUUAUUAAAAGUACAUGAGUAAACACAAAGAUCCAGUUCCUACCAAACAGUUUCUAAUGCAGAAGAAAAAUCUUGGCACAAAAUUCCUCAGUUUAUUUUAUCUGUAAAUUAAUUGUACAGUUUUCCUUUUUGAAAGUUUUAAUAUUGUCUUCCUUUUUAAUAACUUAUUUUAUACAUAUUGUACAUCUUGUAAUUAAUGGUCAAUGUAUACAAGGGACUGACCCUCAAAACUGUACACAGAGAUGACUGUAAAACUGUCUGUUCUGUUGGACCAAAGUUGUCGUUGUGGAGUGUCAUAGCAGUGUGUUCAAAUAGUGAACCUUUGACUAGGCAUGCAUGGGUUUGAGCUAGCUUGUGUCCAUCCCAUAACUGUCAAAAUGGUGGCUUAGUUGUGUUGCAUGCUUUCUAUAAUUUAACUUUUUCUGUAACUGACGCCUGAGACAGUGUGAGACUUCUUAUCCCAGUUUCCUGCAAGAGAACCUGGGACUCUGUGUGUGGAGCACACUGGUCAGAAUGUCAUCAGAGAAGCAGGAGCUCUCUUCGUCUCACUGGAGAACAACCAAUGCCUUUGAAUGGAAAUUCUGAAAUUGUAAAUGUCUAUUUUAAUACUCAACUAUGAGAGAAUCUGUGAAUAUAUGUAAAUAUGUUUAAUAAAUUUUAUUGGUCAUGUUAAA